GGCCGUUGUUGGCGAAUUUGGCUUUGAAGGCGAAUGCUUGUUCUUGUGCUGCAAACAAUUGAAGAAGAUGGAAGUCAUCAAGACUAGAAGUCGGGUUCUGACGCCAGAGGAGCUGUCUAUCAUUGAGUCAGUUUUACGUCGAGAACUGAGAUGUGUUUCAUUUGAAGUUCGCCCGCUUAAGCCGGCAGCUUGCAAUGAAGGCGAAAUGAGACAAGUUGGAAAAACUAGGUCGGAUAUUGACAAAGGCUGGUCAUACAACGCACCAUCACACAAUAGAUCAACGGGUGCCUAUACUUUGAAAAAACUCAGAAGGACUGUCCAGGAGCUAAGUACACUCAACAAUGUUCCAGAACUCGUGCGAAGGCCUUUCAGGAAAUUGACCACAAUAAAACCGGCGGGGGAUCCCAUUGAACCGAAAGUUUCUUCACAUAUCGCAAUUUCAUUAGAUAAAAUUGGUUAA